AUGUUCGAGGACUUCGACCAAAUCAAAUAUGACGACAUAGAUGAUCACAUAUUUGAUCUCUAUACAGAGAGAGCAUCUGCAGCCGGCGAAAACCUCGGAUUUGUCGAUCGAACAAAAGACACAAUUGACAUUCUCCUACCCAAAUCUCAGACAGAUCUUACAAUUCGACAGUCUAUCUCUUCGUUAUCCUCCACAACAAAUACAUCCAGCACCGGGUUUGUUUGCUGGAAAAGUGCGCUGCUUCUUGCUGACUGGAUCCUUUCUGACGAUUCAUGUCCCUUGAAACAGCUAAUUUGCAGCCAUGUGGUGUUGGAGUUGGGCACAGGAGUGUCGUCGCUAUUAGCAUCUACGCUUGGACCUCUUACGAAACAAUACGUUGCUUCUGAUCAAAAGCACUUGUUAAAGUUGAUGAAGCAUAAUUUCGUGGAAAAUGUCACCACCACCAAGUAUAAAAGCAGCACGGUGGAAGCUCCCAACAACAACCCCGCCCGGCAAAAUGUUUGGCCGUUGAUAGAUUUCAUCGAGCUAGAUUGGGAGUAUCCGGAAUGGGGCAUGGAAGAAUUUGGCCAAUUGACAGGCAGCACCACUGCUGAUGUGAUCAUAGCCUGUGAUACCAUCUACAACUCGUACUUGAUACCGUAUUUUGUCAAAACAGCGAAGCGGAUGAUGGGAGACUGCUCUACCACGAUUGUGUCUCUCCAGCUCAGAGAUGACACUGUCAUGGAACUGUUCCUAAAAGAGUGCCUAGAUUGUGGACUCAAGAUCUGGUCGAUUCCCGAAACGGUUCUAAGUCCCGAACUACGGUCCGGCUUUGUUGUCUACUGUCUACGCGUCAAGCAAUAA